UCCACAGACAUGGCGUCUCAGGCGUUUGCACACUCGCUGCGCUCCAUCUCUCGCGCUUCUGCAAGGUUAAAUCAGGCCAACGUGCUCUCGAGAUCUGCCUGUGCACCCCGCGUUUCAACCCAACGACCUCUCUCUGUCAUUUCUUACAAUCAGCGGACGAGGUGGACUGAACUAAUGCGGAUUACAGGACCCUCUGUUCAGCUCUGUCGGCAUUAUGGGGAUCUUCCACCUCUCACUAUAGAGAGCAUCCAUGACCGUGUUUUGUACGUCCUAAAACUGUACGACAAGAUCAAUCCGGAGAAGCUUCAAACAUCAUCACAUUUCAUGAAAGAUUUAGGACUGGACAGUUUGGACCAGGUGGAGAUUAUAAUGGCUAUGGAAGAUGAGUUUGGAUUUGAGAUUCCAGAUGCAGAGGCGGAGAAGCUUAUGACUCCUGCGGAGAUCGUACAGUACCUUGCAGAUAAAAAAGAUGUUUAUGUAUAGAGGCAUGUCAUAUUGUAAGUAUUGCCUUUCUAUAGAUUGUAGGCAACACGGUUCAAUGAUAUUUGUAAAUCAAAUUGCUAUAGUCAAUUGUUUUCUUUGCUAAUUUUAAUUCUCAAUUAUGGAGGAUUGACUAUUAAACAAUAUGGAUCAACUGUAUUCUGGUAGUGACCAGUGUCUGUCUCUUACUUAUGAAGUCAACUGCUUUGUCCUGUGUAUUGUUUUAUUUAAUGAAAAUGUAUAAUCUCCUUAGAGCUUGAGCUGAAAAUAAAGCCAAGACAAAAUGGUAAUUCAUUGGA